AUGAAUUCUACUUUUAAGAUCACCUCCGCAGCCAACCAGCUGGAUAUCAUUCACUAUACCGUGCCCCCGGCCGUGAAACCGAGACGCCAACAGGUUCCACGUCCUCAAGAAGUGAUGCUCCAGAAAUGCUCCUUGCCCGAUCUCACCCCUAACAGUCUUUUUGACGAGCCUGGCGAAUCGGUCAACAAUCCUAAGUCACCUACAUCUAACUUCGCUGAUUCUCCAGGUGCUGGUUGCGAAAAUUUGGAUUCCUCAACAUUGGAAGCGAAUUUCCUAGAAUCAGAGUCUACAGGUGAGAACCUCUUCCAAAAGCCCGUGUAUUUGGCAUUGUUGGACACAUCAUUAAUUUCUCAUGUUUCAACAGCCAAAGAGUCUAGCUCUAAAGGAGAAUCCACCCAGUACAGCCCUAUCGGCGUUGGAUCGAUCCAGUCAUUAGCCCAAAAAAUAUCCUCCGCAGACUUGGAUGUCCUCGAGGAACCUCGAAAAAAUUCGACCAUGAUGGGCAUCCAAAGUACACCAGUGCUCAAACCACAAACCAUGACGCUGAGCAGUUCAGGAACGGAGACAAUAGAUUCCACAGACUGUCGCGAUGUACAGAUCGACAACGCCGCAGAGGAAGGGGCAAAAUCGGAUGAGGACUGUGACGACGGUGAAGUCAGCCUGCAGAUUUCAGAGACUGAGGACUCGGGAUUACGCUAUGUCGACUUGAUCCCCAGCGACCUAGAGACAAGUGGGAUUCCAUCUGGUCCUACGCCUGCUGCAAAGCAACGUAGGGCGACUGAAGAGACUCAGCGGUCAGCAAAGUGGAGCAUCCGUCCGGUUUCACCAGUUGGCCAAUCACUGCGUACGCCUUCGACUCUCCACACCACCCUGCGGAAUGCUCGGUCUUCCGCAACGAUCAAGGUGCCCCGAUACAAAGCUGGUAUAUCUAUUCGACCUUCCCACCUUGAGAGGGACUAUCCAUCAACAACUACGAAGCGUAAAGGGCCCACAAUGUCCGCCACUCUCUCCAAGCGCAACCGACCACUGGCAGGCAAUCCCGAGGCGAGGGUGCUGAGCGACUCGGAAUCGAGCGACUGGGCUGCUGGUGACGACUACUACAUCAAUGAGGCGAAGCCCAAGAAUGUCACACAGAGGCGAAGCACGUCACGACUCUCUCGGCCAUCUAAGCUUUUGAAAACGAGUGGCAAGCGACAUGACCGUGGCUCUGUAGAGAUCCUCAUUCCUCACCGGAACUCAGACCAGCUGCAGAAGAUACAGAAAACUCCUCGAGAAAGCCCAGCAGCCCUCCAAGACAACGGCGUCAAGUCGUCUCCGCUUUCAACCUUGUUGACUAACCUCAGCGUCCACCCCAUAAGACCGGAUGACAGUGGGUACUUGACUGCUCUUGUUGAUGAUCUCACGACCGUCGGACCGCUGCUCAAGUCGCCCGCCGCUUUUGGACUUACCGACGAUAUCGCGGUUUCUUUAACCAAUGCCAGCGUCAAGCCCUUGACAUCGGCUCUUUGGUUGCUGACAGCGACGAUUUCCCGGCCCACUCAAACUCCGCAGUCUCCAAAGGGUCGGCGCCUCGAUUCGGCGAUGGACAGUCCGAGCGACGACGGCGCGAGUGACAGUAGUGAGCGAUCCUCCCAGACUGCUCACAGUAUCCAUCACUGCCCAUCCGACAGUGAAACCGACGGAGAAAUACCACAGAUGACGAGAGGGCGAUGGUCCAAAGUUGAAGACAAGAAGCUCAGAGACAUGAAGCAGAGUGGUGAGCCUUGGAGCGAGAUUUGUGAAGAGUUCCCAGAUCGAACGGCAGGAGCUGUCAAAGCGCGUUGGUACAUAACCUUAGCACCCAAGUCCCAUUAG